AACUUCCAGAGCUUUGACACCUCUCUGUUUUAUCUCUCUCUCUCUCAUCAUUUAUAUAUGCGCAAGGACAUCGGCUAGUAUUUCGUACCUAUCCAUCCGGAGGAGAGAGGAAAGAGAGAAUAUGAGCAGCAACGUCCAUCACACCAGCCAUAGCCAUCAUCAUCAACAGCCGGAUCUAGUACCUCCUUCUACGGUUCAUCACACUAGCCAUCAAACCCCUUUUUUCCCUCCUCCUCCUCAUCCAGGGCCUCCGCCACCGACGUUUUGGCCUGAUUCUUACCCGCCGCCGCUUCCACCUCCUCGUCACAACAUUAAUCCUCCUCCUCCUAGUUAUCAACAGUAUUUCGGCCCUUCCGUUCCUCCGCCGCCGCAAGAUAUGUAUCACCACCAUCAUAACCAAGGUUACGAUCGAGGAGGAUGCGAUUGUUGCUGUCCAUUUCUCACCACAUGCUUAUCUGCUCUUUGUUGCUGCUGUCUUCUGGAGAGGAGCUUCUAGUGCUGCGAUAAGGGAAUUUUUUUAACUUACCAAUUACAUAUGCAAAACUUAAAACCUAAAUAAGAAUGUGUAAUACUGAUUAUUUUACUGUCUCAGAUACCAGUUCUUUGGAAUACAUAUAUACAUACAUAUGACUGUUG